AUGGAGUCAAUAUCGAGAAUCUCUGGCCUGCUGGAGGCUGCCAGAGAGCUCACGCUCGAUGCUGCCCAGGCCACGCGCGGCAUCCGAACGAGCUCCAAGCCGCUGGAUCGCAACCAGAUGCGCAAGCUGCUCGACAGCCGCAACGAGAGAGAGGUGCUGGAGGGACUGCGGCGUGUCAUUGCGAUGAUGUACCGGAACCACAAGACUCUGCCCUUCUUCUCCUCCGUCGUCAAAAACGUCGCCUCGCCGAAUCUCGAAAUCAAGAAGCUCGUCUACAUCUACCUCAUCCGCCAUGCCGAACAGGAGCCCGACCUUGCUCUGCUUUCCAUCAACACAAUCCAAAAAUCGCUCUCGGAUACGAAUCCCCAGGUCCGAGCCCUCGCCCUCAAGACCAUGUCAGGCAUUCGCGUGCCCGUCAUCAGCCAGAUUGUGUCGCUUGCCAUCAAGAAGGGCGUCGCCGACAUGAGUCCUCUGGUGCGCAAAGCCGCGGCUCUUUCGAUCCCGAAAUGCUACCGGCUGGAUCCAAGCCAGUCCCCUCAGCUGCUGGAAUACCUGGCGACGCUACUAGGCGACAAGCAAUACUACGUUGCUGGUGCCGCGGUGUCGGCCUUUUUAGAAGUUUGCCCUGAGAGGAUCGAUCUGAUACACAAGCAUUACCGUGGACUGGUCAAAAAGAUUGUUGAUAUGGAUGAGUGGAGCCAGUUAGCAACUCUGAAACUGAUGACCUAUUAUGCACGAAAGUGCUUCCCUCGACGAGCUCAGCCGGCUGCCGCAUCCGAUACUACCCAGUCCCAGACGCAAAAUAGCAAUAUCGACGACUUUUACGCGGAAUCAACUCCAUCUAAACCUUCUGCUCAGCCGACAUCACUCGAUCCUGAUCUGGCUUUGUUGUUGAACGGUAUCAGGCCUCUGCUGCAGAGUCGAAACUCGGGCGUUGUUGUUGCUGUCACAAGGUGUUAUGUCGAUGUUGGAACUCUUGAUUAUUUAAAGUACGCCAUUGGCCCACUAGUUGCCCUCUUGAGAGGGGCUCAAGACAUACAACAAAUCGCCUUAUACAACAUUGUUUCGGUCUGUCUCGUGCGCCCACUUGAUUUUGUCAAGUAUGCGAGCCACUUCUUAGUUAGAGCGACAGACAGUGCUCCGAUUUGGGAGCUGAAGCUGGAGGUGCUGACGCUCAUUUUCCCGCAUAGCCCAGUUCAUGUCAAGAGCCUCAUUCUAAAGGAACUGGAGCAUUUCUCUCAGGGGUCCAACAAAGCUCUUGUGCGCGAAGCGGUUCGAGCUAUUGGCCGAUGUGCGCAAGGCGACGCUGCUACAGCUCCCAGGUGUUUAAAGCUACUCCUGAGUCAGAUCACAAGCUUGGAUGGAACGUUGGCCGCAGAAUCUCUGACAGUCAUUCGGCACUUGAUUCAACAGGAUGCAGAGGCACACGCAGGGACUGUAGUGCGCCUAGCGAAGAAUCUUGACUCAGCGACUGACCCUCAAGCGAGAGCAACAAUCAUCUGGCUAGUUGGCGAGUUUUCCGGCCUAAACGGGGAAGACAAUAUUGCCCCAGACGUCUUUCGCAUUCUACUCAAAGAUUUUUCGAGUGAAUCCGAGGCUGCAAAGCGCCAGAUAUUGCUACUGGGCGCAAAAGUCUACCUUCAUCAUUUGAAUCGUAAGAGCGAGGCAGAAAAGAACAGAGUGGGAGAGGAUGAUCCUCCUAUGGAGGAAGAGAAGCAUCCCAUUGAAAGGUUAUGGGAUUAUGUCCUGCUUCUUGUCCGAUAUGAUGUCUCCUUUGACCUAAGAGACCGAGCACGCAUGUAUCGUGCCUUACUCGCUGUGCCACAGCUCGCUACACUGAUGCUCCUCGCACCAAAGCCGGCUCCCCAAGCUCCGAGCCCUUCUGAGUCGAGAAAAGGAUUCUUACUGGGCUCUUCGACUCUUGUCUUAGCUGGGGGUGGCGGUCUGCACGGUCUUAGGGGUUACGAAGCUCUUCCUAACUGGGUUGAGCCUGGCAAAGAGCCCGACCCCCGUCUGCGUGAGGCUGAAAAGGAUGCUGCAGCGUCACGCUAUGAUAGUGACAGGCCUGCAGCUGCGGCAGCUGAUAAGCUGGAUGAGGUUGUCCGGUCAGCGCCUGCUGGCAGGUCGAAUGGGCUUGGAGAGAGUCUCAGGACUAAGACACUGGAUGAUUGGCUAGCCGAGGAAGAAGGGGAGGAGGAGGAGGAGGAGGAGGAAGAGGAAGAAGAAGAAGAAAGUGAAGAGGAAGAAAGUGAAGAAGAAGAGGACGAUGAGGAGGAAGAUGAAGAGGAAGAAGAGGAAGACGAUAGCGAUGAUGAUGGGGAGACGGAUAGAUUAGUCAAGCCAUGA